UGAAUCUCUCGCAUGCAAAGCCUCUUCUAAAUCUCUUCUGUCUCUCUCUCUCUCUCUCUCUCUCUCUCUCUUUUGUUUCACUUCUUUGCAAAGCGCUAUGGACGCUCGUGUAAAGCAGGAGUUGGUGGCGCCUUGGAGUGCGGCGGAGCGGGGGAGCAGAAACGGCGACGUUGCGACGGAACCCCUCCCGGUGAUUGAACUCAGCGACUCCGACUCGGACGACAACAACGACACCGUUUCGAGGAAGAGAGCGAGGGUUUCGACGGUGAGGGACCUGAAAGAGUUGGGGGUGGUUGUGCCUACGGGAUUCCUCCAAGCGCUUCCGGCAGCAGCGGAUAUGGCCCUCACGCGCCGGCAAUCGGCCGCGACUCUCGCCGAGAGUUGGCAGAGCUCGUGCAAGCAAUUCUGGAAAGCUGGUGACUAUGAGGGAGGUUCUGGUGGUGACUGGGAUUCGUCUUCUGUUGGCAUGGAUCAUGUCAGGGUUCACCCUAAAUUUCUACAUUCCAAUGCGACUAGUCAUAAGUGGGCUCUUGGAGCUUUUGCAGAGCUUCUGGACAAUUCGUUGGACGAGGUCUGCAAUGGGGCUACAUAUGUUAACAUAGAUAUGCUUGUAAAUAGGAAAGAUGAGAGCAAGAUGCUGCUGAUCGAAGAUGAUGGUGGUGGGAUGGAUCCAGAUAAAAUGCGACAAUGCAUGUCGUUGGGGUAUUCUGCAAAAAGCAAAAUAGCAAAUACUAUUGGACAAUAUGGAAAUGGGUUUAAGACAAGUACCAUGAGGCUGGGGGCAGACGUAAUUGUCUUCUCGCGUUGUUGUGGAAAAGAUGGAAAAAGCCUUACGCAAAGCAUUGGGUUAUUGUCCUACACAUUCUUGAAGAGCACAGGGAAGGAAGAUAUUGUAGUUCCCAUGCUUGACUACGAAAGAGAAGGACGAGAAUGGAAAAAGAUUAUACGAUCUUCUCCUGGUGAUUGGAGCAAAAAUGUAGAAACAAUAGUUCAAUGGUCUCCGUUUUCCAGUGAAGCAGACCUUCUAUGUCAGUUUAACUUGGUGAGAAGUCAUGGCACGCGGAUAUUUAUCUACAAUCUUUGGGAGGAUGAUGAAGAACUGUUGGAACUUGAUUUUGAUGCUGAUCCUCAUGACAUUCAAAUCAGAGGCGUCAACCGAGAUGAGAAGCAUAUACAAAUGGCAAAACAGUAUCCCAACUCUAGGCAUUUCCUGACAUAUCGACAUUCAUUAAGGAGUUAUGCAUCGAUCCUCUAUCUAAGGCUUCCUCCAGGAUUUCGAAUUAUUCUUCGUGGGAAAGAUGUGGAGCACCACAAUAUAGUGAAUGACAUGAUGCUGUCUCAGGAGGUCACAUACCGGCCAAAUCCUGGUGUUGAUGGGGCCUCAAGGAAUUUCAAUGUAAUGCUUAAAAACAAUGUUUUUGAUACUCUUGUCUACUUUGGUAUAUUAAUUCUGUUUGUGUGCAACUAUUGCCAUCAGAUGCUUGCUGUUGUAACUAUUGGAUUUGUCAAGGAUGCAAAACAUCAUAUUGAUGUUCAAGGUUUCAAUGUUUAUCACAAGAAUCGGCUUAUUAAGCCUUUCUGGAGGCUUUGGAAUGCAGCAGGAAGUGAUGGUCGUGGAGUUAUAGGUGUAUUGGAAGCUAAUUUUGUUGAACCAGCUCAUGAUAAGCAGGGAUUUGAGCGUACAACAGUUCUUGCAAGACUUGAGGCGCGAUUAAUACAAAUGCAAAAGCAUUACUGGUCCUCUAACUGUCACAGAAUUGGUUAUGCUGCAAGGCGUAAUAAGAAAAAUCCAUAUGAAGCUGCAGAUAGAGAACCUUCUCCUGACUACCUGACCCCAGCAUCUCAGUUGAAAAAGAAGUCUACUGCCUCAAUCAGCAAGACCCCGCCUGGAGGAAAAGAAUCAGAGAGAUUUCAGGGAUCUGGGGAAGGACAUUUGUCAAGAAAAGGGAAAAGUAGAACAAAGACUAAAUCUGGAAAAAAACGGAUUUUUUCUGAAUCAUCACCGCCUUCUGUAGAAGAUCUCAGUGACAAUGACGUGCAUAUAGACCUACAUGAGAAACAAGUAAAUGGUAGUGGUCAUAAGGCAUCCCAUGCUAGGAAAUCUUUUGCCAAAGAUGGCUUGGGUAUGACAAGGCCAUCUUCAUGCGUUGGCGAUACUGGAUCACAACAAGGUUGUGCAUCAGGUGGAAGAAAUUUUCAAUCCUCUCGAUCCCCGUCAAAGGGAGGUGAUGUUAAUUGUAGUGCGCAUUCACUUUCAGACUCUGAUUUACGCACUAUGGAGCAGUUCAAAGAAGAGAAUCGUGAGUUGAAGAAAAGAUUAGAGAAAAAGGAGGGAGAGGGUUUAGGUGAAUUGCUGUACGAUUUGCAGUCUGAAAGAGAUGCGCGCAAAUCUCUUGAGACUCAGCUCCAAGUGGCCCAGGAAAAGAUUGAGGAAUUGAACAGGGAACAACAGAGUCUAAUCGACAUAUUUGCGGAGGAGCGGGAUCGAAGAGAGAAUGUGGAGAAAAAUUUGAAAAAGAAGCUACAGGAUGCAAGUAAUAUCAUCCAUGAGUUGCGUGAGAGGAUAAGGCAGCUUGAGAAAAUGUAGUCUUCUAACAGCAAACCAGAAUGCUGAGAGCACUAACAGAAGUUAAAUCUUCCAUAAUUUUCAGAGUAUUUGUCAUUCAUUUGUAAAGUUUGUCGAUACUUAGCCCUUGGUAGUGUACAAAGGUAAUUAAACUGGAGACUGAUCAGCUACCGGAUUGUUAUCUUGAGCUGCAGACACCAAUGCUGGUGUCAAAUUUUGAAUCAGAACGGUAUGAUAUGUGAAUGUAAUUAUAGUUUCCACUCAAGUAAAAAUUCAUUUGUAUUAGCUUUCUGGUUGGCUUUUCCUGCGUCACAAAUCCAGAAUUAUUUAUUUAUUUUUUAACUGUGGAAGUUCUUUAAA